UAAUUUGCAUCUCAAAUUCUACAAGUCAAGUUAGUCAACAAUAUGAAAAUUUAAAAGUUGACCGGUGUGCAGAAGAAAGCGUCGUACAGAUAUAUUUUAUAUUUUGACAUGUGCCCAUUUUUUAAAAUCUUUUUUAAUACAAGACGUUUCUAAAUAGUGUGAACUUGUACAUGUGGUAUACAAAUCUUGUAUAGUACGCAGUUUCUCGAUUUCAAUGGAUAUUUUGCAUACGACAACUGUUUGACUGCUGUUUAUGUCGGUGUCAUUCAACAGGAAGUUUUCUAUGGAGAAAGUGCCCGUGUGAAUAUUGCAAUUGAUGUGCACUUCGGAUAGAGAAUCUUAACAUUGACUGAUGAGAGUAUGGGUUAGAUUAUAACAGAUUAAUAUUGCACUGCACUGUGUCAGAAUGGCGACCGACAUCAACGAGAAUAUUGACACUAACAAUGGCGAAAAUUGUGACCUUUCUCCGCGAGUAAACGACAAAGAUACAGAUUGGAAAAGACGUACAGUUGAACUAGAAGAGGAAUUAUAUUUAUUAAGAGAAAGGGUGAAUUCCCAGACAGGAAGAAUACGCGAAGCUGUCUCAAAACGGCUCAAGAUUGCUGAAGACAAUGCAAAACAAGCAGAAGAAAGAGCUGAAAACUUAUUAAAAAAGAUGAAAGAACUUGAGGAAAGAACUCUUUUUGCUGAAAGUAAAGUAACCAGAUGCUAUGAAAGGAAUCAGCAUCUUGAAGAUAUUAUAGAACAGAAAGAAUCUAUUAUCAGGCAACUGAGAACAACUGUGUCUGAGCAAAGUAAGAAUGAAAUUGAUGGAAGACUUUUUGAGGAAAAGGUGGCCAAAGUAAAAGACUGGGUGAAACAGUGUAAAUUAACCAUGGAAGACCUUCAAUUGCAAAUACAAGAGAAAGAAGACAUGAUUGAAAGGAUGAAAAAUGGAUUUCCACAACACAUUGGUGUUCAUAUAAGCAGAGUGGACGGUGAUGCCAAUGGUCCUAAGAUUUCUCGUGCCAGGUCUAAAUCUGCAGUCACAUUGAGCCGUGGUGUUGUCAAAGUCAGCGAAAUUGUCCCGGCUGUUCCCCCAAGACGGGCAUCACUUGGAGUACUGAACCGUUCAAACAGUAACUUAAAGAAAAAUCCUGGAAAAUGUGGACUUCAAACAUUUCCAGAGAACUCGAAUACCACUAGUUCUAAAAUUGAUAAAUUUAAAUUGAAUGUCCAGGACAAUGAUGCGAUGAAUAAAAAAUUAUCCGGAAGCGAAGAGAAUUUCGAAGACAGAACGUAUAUGGUGUUGGAAUCUGAGCCUCAUCAAGAAUAUUCUUCUCCAAAUAAAUCAAAAUUUUAUGUUUCAGCUGAGAAGGACGAUGCGAAUAAACCAGCUGUGCGCAUGACGAUGAGGGAAAGAUUAAAACAGUUAACGCAAUCAAGCGAAGAUGAGAUAGAUCAUACUACUAGCGACAGUGAUUUAUCACCAGCGGUGGACAAACAUAAGAAAGAGUUAGUUAACGAACUAAUGAGCUCGUUAGAAGCAGAAGAACAAGAGGAAGACUCGACACAAUCUAAUGUCGGUCAGCAAGUAGUUACUGUCAUGUUCAGCGCGGAUCAAAACGGAAUGUUGUCAGCUGAAGGGGCAAAGGUGACCACGACUGGAAAGUUGCCUGAAGCAGCUGGAAAAGAAUCCUCAAACGAGGAUAAUGAAGAACUUACGGGGACACAAAAAGAUAAAAAAGCCGAGGACGUGCGUUUCCAGAUGAAACCAGGCAAAGACGCGCAAGGGUAUACAAAGUUAUUACCUGUCAAUGAACCAGACAACGACAGAUAUGCGAAAACUGGGGCUGAUAAUUCUGCUAGUUCAUUUAAAAGUUCCCCAAAACCCAACUUACCAAAGAAUGACGCUGAAUCAGAGAGUGGGUCGAGCAGUGGUGUGUCCACUUCCACUCCACCUAUGAGAAGAUCAUGGAUGCAAGACCACAAAGUGCUCAAUCCAGUCGUGAACGGAGUGAUCGCCUCUGAAGAAUGGAGAAGCGGUUCUGAAAUAGACAUUAUCAAUGGAACACAAGAUGGAUUUUCAGGCAACCUUACACAAAUCCAAAGUUGUCCCGUGUAUGCCCAACUCGAAGGGAGAGCGUCAGAGAUCCAGAAUCGCCCCUGUACUGGUGACUCGACUGAUUCUUCAGAUAACGAGACUGAUUCAGGACUGGAAAGCAGUGAUUCUUUGAACGUUUCAAGAGCGAAGAGUGUGUCUGUCAGCGACAGGUUAUUGAGAAGAGGCAGUGCAAGAAGAAAGGUUUUGAAGACUUGUGCCCAAUACACGACGCAAAAUCUAAAAAGUGAGUCGCUUCAGAAAACUGGUUAUUUAUCGAAGCUUGGUGGGAGAAUUAAGAACUGGAAACGAAGGUGGUUUGUCCUCAGUGAGAACAAGUUAUCUUAUUACAAAACUGAGAACGACGUGAAUAAGAAAGCGCUGGGUCAAAUCCCACUUGAAGGAUUUUGUGGAAUAACAAGAAUUGAAGGAAGUCUAUCGUUUCAGAUCGACACUCCAAAGCGCAAGUACUAUUUGACUGGAGAAUCUAUUGACGAUAUCGACGAUUGGCUGAAAGUGUUACAAAAUGAUCUUCGAAAGUUCCCAGCCAACCAUCUCCUGGCCCAGGUCAAUGAAAAACCAGUUAUGAAAGGUUGGAUUACCAAGGUAAAACUUGGCAAGUCUAAAAGAGUCUAUUGCAUCCUCCGGGGUAAAAGUUUGUGUUAUUACAAAGGAGAAAUGGAUCAGGCACCAUUUGCUCUAGAGAAUAUGAAAGAAUUUCAUAUUGAAAAAAUUAUGGGCUCUGAUUCUGAAGAUGAUCUUGAGCCAGCUGAAAAUGAGCAGCGUAACGGAAGAUUUACUUUGAGACUGUACAAGGAAAAACAACCAACUACCAGCUCAGUUUAUCUCGUGAUUGAAACCAAACAAGAUCUGAAUGCUUGGUUAUAUCAUCUGACAAUGGCCUCAGGUCAUAUUAACCAGAUUGGAACAGAUUUUGAAAAAACCAUUGCACAGCUCAAACAGGAUGGUGACCCAGAAAGCCCUCUCUGGAACAGCACCAUUAUAACACAUUCCAAGGAGCCUCUGGAGAACCCUCUUACCACUCUACCGUCUGAAGAGCUGGAGGAAAAAGCUGUACAAUUAUUUAAGUCCAUUCAGUUAUUCUGUGAUACGGAGUGUGUCCCAGGUCCUGCGCUUGACUAUCACGUGGUGUAUGCCCAGAAUGCAUUACAAAUGUGUCUGAGCCACACGGAAUUGCGCGAGGAAAUGUAUUGUCAGUUAAUGAAACAGACUGCUAAACGUGUUCAUGUCUUGAGCGAGUCAGCCAGCGCACUUGAGCGGUUUUUAGCUCCACAUUCAGAAUGGUUGUCAGCGUCCAGAUCAAAUUCUGUUGUUUCUAAUGCGACGAUUGAUCUUAGACCAAUCAGGGAAUACGUGUAUGAACAAUGCUGGCAGCUUUUAAUACUUUGUUGUACGCUGUUCAUACCGAGAGGUCAUGUUCUUUGGUUCCUGAAAGCUCACUUGGAAAAGUAUUCUACAAAGGAAACCAUAAUUGGAAAAUAUGCAAGGUAUUGUAAGCAGUGUUUGCAGAGAACUUUGGAAAAUGGUGAACGAGAGGCGGGACCAUCGAGAAUGGAGGUGAUCGCUGUUCUGCUGGACGAUCCGUUUGAGAAGAAACAUCCGCUCAAAAUCCCAGUUCAUUUUGUCAAUCGAACUUCAGAAGAGUUUGGUUUUGACGCAGCCACAACUGUUCAAGAACUCAUUGAUGCAAUUAACUCAGAGAUUGGUCUUCGUUCAAUUGAUCAAAGUGGUUAUGCUUUGUACACUGACAAUCCUGUUGGACCUGUUCAACAUUGUCUUCAAACUAGCGUUAAGGUGUGUGACGUCAUCUCAAAAUGGGAGAAAACAAUGCAGAGUUUGCACCAAGGAAGACAUGAAACAAAUCGUGUCAUCAGAUUGAGUUAUAAAAACAGAUUGUACUUCAAGAGUCUUUCAAAGAAUGAGACGCCCACUGAACGUUAUUUUCUUGUUUAUCAGACAUUUAAUGACACAGUAAAUGGUCGUUUUCCCAUUUCAAAAGACCGCUGUAUACGAAUGACUGCCUUGAUGGCUCAGAUGGAGUUUGGUGAUCGUGUUGCUCAGGGCAACCAAGGUGACGAUACGAUCUCUAUGAUUCAAGAAAGAUUUUAUCCCAGGAAAAUAAAAGAACCAAUGACAAGUGAGCAACGCAGACAAUUAAGAAAUCGUUUUCUUGACGCUUGGCAAUCGUUAAUGGGAAAAACGAAACAAGAAUGUAUAACAUUGUAUUUAUGUAUGGCGAAAAAUUGGCCCACAUUUGGAGCAAAAUUAUUUAAGGCAAAGCAACGUCGUAUUGUGUCAAGAAAAAGAGAUUCAGCUUCAGAGAACUUGGAGGAUGUUUGGCUAGCUGUGCAGGAAGAAUGCAUUAGUAUUCUUGAUAGCACGAAAAUGAAUCCCGUCUUCAAAUACAACUAUAGAUCAGUGGUUACUUUUGGUGGUUGGAAAGAAGACUUCAUGUUGGUUGUGAAUAAAACGACUCCUAAGAGAUCCGGGCAAAGUGAACUCGGCACAGAGAGACUGUUGUUUGUAAUGCCGAGAGGAAAGAUUCUGGAGAUUACUUUACUUAUCGCCAGUUAUAUCAACGCGAUAGUUCGUCAACAAGGAUUGACUUUUGAUGUCACAAGUACGACGAAAGUAGCGAGCGCCACGGCAGAGAAGGACAUCAAAGUUUGGGACAUGGAAAGUACUGAAUGGCCAAUGGUUUCUGGUCCUGGUUUGAUUUGAAUUACAGAGCAGAAUGUUGAACUCUUAUUCUGAAGAUAACAAAGAAUCUACGUAUUCUAUUGUUCACAUUAUCAUUAGUGUCUAAGAGACCUCGAGGUUUUAGUGCAUUAGAAAAAAAAUGCAAAAACUUUGUCGUGUUUUAUGCGAAAGUAAAAACAGAAAAUUGUUCCUCCCAGGCCUACUAAUUAAAGAUUUUAUGGUAAAACAACAAGAGUUUUAUAUUAGUUUGAAGUUUAGGAGGCUAAUAAAGGCUUUAAUUUGAGUUAAACAACCUAUUAUCGCUAGAGGUGAUUGAAAAGCGGCGCUCCAUGCACUAAUAUGAAAUGUCCUGUUGAAAGUGAUAUGCAGGACCCAUUCGCCAUAGACUGAUUUCGCGUUGAUGUUAAGGCUUAGAGUAUUGUUUGAUGAAAGGUCAGGACGGACAGUUUUGCAGAUUGCUUGAUUGUCUUCUCUUGUCCAUCUGUGAAGGCGAUUUUGAGAACGAUUGCUUCGUCUUCUGUCUGGUGUGAACGCGGCCAAUUAGCGCAAUUAAUAUGAAAGAUUGAAAUAGUUUAAUUGUAAAUAAAGAUAAAUAUUAUUGCGAGAUAUGUAUACAAGGUUGAACUAUAACUGAUAGCUCUAUCUGCAACAAGAACUAUGCACAAAAUGUUAAUAAGAAGAUAAA